AUGGCAUCCACCACAAUCUCACAGUACCAUGGCUCCGACAUGCAGAUGUUUCACAAGGGACACUUUUCCGACGUGGUUGUGAAAUGUGGCGAUCGGGCUUGGAUGCUUCACAAGAGCAUUCUCGCCUCCAGGAGCAAGUGGUUCAAUAAGGUCAUUAAAGACCAAGCAGGGGGACCGUCUUGCAAUCUUGUAACUAUCAAAAUGUGUGGGCCGAACGUGGCCGAGGUGAUCCUGCGGUAUAUCUACGGCGGUACCACCGAGUUUCACCAUCUCAACGAGCCGGCCGGAGACGGCGCCGUUCUCCUGAUGUACACCAAAGUACACCCCGCAGCCCGGUACUUCGGCCUGCCCACGCUCGCCAACCUCUGCCUCGACAAAGUCCACACCAAUCUCAACCUGAUCGCAGCCCAGCUCCGGGGUGACCUCCCUACUGGUGGAGGAGAUAAAGCGCCCUUGAUACAGGCCGUAACCAAGGCGAUUCGGAACUUUUAUGCGUACGACCACGAGGUAGUCAAGAAGUUCAGUGAGAUUGGGCUGCUUCGGGCCGAGUUUGUGCAUUUUGCUUGUGAUGUGUGGGAGAUCCUGCGUCGCGAUAGGGAGUUUAUGGUUUUUAUGAGGACGGAAGUGCCCAACUUUGCGCUGGACGUCGGGAGGACGUGGCAAAGGCCUCAGGGGAAGGAUGAGAAGCCUGUCAGGUGUCCUAGUGUUGAGGAUUAG